UCGAUGUGUAGCGCGAUCCGGAAGUGUUCAUGCGAGGAACAUGGAAGAAACUAGCAGAUGAGAAAUGAAGUGUCGAUUCGUCAUCGGCGCUCAGCCGUUUGUUCUUUGACUUUGAAACCGCCUCUCGUCGAGGUAACUUCCAUCCAGACAUGAAGCAAAGUGGUUCACCCCUGCUGUGGAGUCCGAGAUUCUCAAUGCGUUGUCUCAUCCAUCCUGUGUUGGCCUUGGUGAGAUCGGGCUGGACUACCACUACGCGCUUUCGCCGUCAGACGUCCAGCAACGGGUGUUCGCCCGUCAGCUACGGAUACCUGUGGAUCGCGGUAUUCCUAUUACAGUCCACACACGAAAAGCAGAAGAAGAUAGAGAAUCAGGAAGGAAAUGGUGCCCAAGGACCGCCGACGAACGUGUAGGCGUGCUAGAGCCGAAGCAGUUGAGGUUGCCGUUUUCCCAU